CUUUGUUUACUAUAGGCUCGUUAUUCUUGCUUCGCGAUGAAAUUUCACAAGUUUUAAUCGGAAAAUCAAUUUCAUAUCGUGAAAAAAGUUAUAUUUGAGUGUUUUUCAUUAGUUUGUUCCUGCUGAAAGAGCUUACGCGUUUACGAGAUAAAGCAUACGUGACAACAUGAGUGCUGAUAGUGGCAUCAUCCGAUUAACACGGGGGCUUCGUAGUUGAAGGGCAAAAAAUUCCCUCUACCUUGGAUCUUUUCCUUGUUUUUUUUUUUAAUAUUGUUUCCUCAAAAAAAAUCUUGUUCCCUAGCUUUCCGGGUGGAAAAAGUGGUACCACUCAUUUCUCCGUUUACGCACCUAUGUAGAAUGAACCGUUCCGAUGUUUCGGAACUACCAGCAAUGACGUCGGAAUCCGUCCCGGAACGCCCGUCGUUACCCUCCGGGGAGCUUCCGGAGGCGCUCGUCAGUGAUGACGAACAUGAGGAGGGUGAAAUUGAAGACGAUGAGGAUGGUUUACAGUAUGAAGAUAUCAGCUCGGACGAGGAGUUUAACAUCCGGGAACGGAUUGCUCAGCUGGAACGGCUGGAUGAAAAGUUGGGCAGACGAAUGUCACAGAUAUCAGCCGAGAUUAGGGCCUCGAAUUAUGAACAAACUAAGAGUACCCACGGUUCCAAGGAUAAAUCGAGCAGCGAAAUUGGCAGCAUCGCGAACAAGGAAAACUACGAAUGCAUAUCGGAUGAGGAGGACGUUGAAUUCUACCUGCAACAUAUUGAACCACUUCCCAAACCAAAACGCGUAGCAACAACAACAGCUCGACGAAAGUCGUCGCACUCCGCGAUCCGUUACGCUAACCACGGCGGCAGACAAACAACCAGUGGUAAUCGCCAAAGUCGGUCAUCUAGCAGCAUCAAUGCUCGACGUCGCCGGGGUGAAACCGACAGUGGCUUCAAUGGCAAUGAGUCUUCCAGAAGGAAACGUAAACAUGAAGUUGGUUCUGGUUCGACUCGCAGACCACCGACGAUCUCCGUUAGCAAUAGUGGCCAUCAUCGGAGGAGAAAAAGGCGCAAGAUCCAGUCAAAUGUUCCGCCGAACACAGUGAACUUGGCUGAGUCGACAUCCGACUCGGAACAAGAGUAUUACUUAGAUCGAGCACGUUUACAGGCUGCCUGUUCUAUAAGCGGGCGUAAGCGAAAAACUGAUAAGGAAAAUUGGGAUGCGCUGCGAAUGAAACUUUCGCUGGAAAAAAGAAAUAAAGAAAAACAAAAUCAGGAGGUAGCGACACCAGCUCAACCGGAAAUAGUGCUAGACGAUGAUGAUGAAGAAGAGGAGGAAGACGAAGAGGUACUUCAGCUUCGGUUGCAAGCUUUACAAACGAAAGCCGAGCUAAAGGAAGUAAAUGAUUUGUCGGACCAGCAACCUGUACUGGAUCUACAUAUGGAAGAACAGGAACUGCGGAUGCUAGCCUUACAAUCAGCCUUCACUAAAAAACAUCAAAAAAGACUGAAAAAAAGACAGCAAGAAAGACCAUAUUCGCCAAGCGAUGAAAUAUCGCUACUAUCUCCAGUUGAUGAGCUGCCUGCGACUGAAAACGACAUACUGGCCAGAUAUGAGGAUGAUGACAUCCAAAUAAUCGAUGUUCCACCGGAGACGGUCGAAAUCGAUGAUAGUUCUUCCGAUGAAGGCAAACCAGUCCAAACGAGUCCUUCGCCGUGCACAUUGAUUGGUUCAAAUCAUCCAGAAAUUAUUCAUGAAUCAGCUGUGGAAAAUGAAUUUCAAGUUUUGUGUAGCAGUUCCCAUCAGGAUGCGAAUGCUGUAGAUUGUGAGCAGCAAGUUGCUGAACUAGAGGCUCCUCCGCCACCGAUUAUUGGUGCAAUUCAGAAUAGUGGACACGAAGAUGAAGACGAGGAAUCGUUACGAAGUGUUCUUUUAUCUAAGAUGUCUGAGAAAAGGCAACCGGAUCCAGACGACAGACCUUUAACACCUGAUUCUAUGGGUGAAGAAGAAGCAGCUGCUCUGAGAGAUCUCAUCCUUUCUAAAAUGAAUAACAAUCGAAAGCCUGGAAAAACUAUGUCUCAAUUGGAAACUUCUCCUCAGUCAUCGGAAAUAUCCGAAUUAGUGGAAAAAUCUCUGGAAGCCACAAGUGCUUUUCAAGAUGCUAGUCCACCUGCCACUGAACUUCGAACGACCCCCACUUUGUCCGUUGCUUCAAAUAUCAACCAACAAUCAAAAGUAACCUUCAGUUCAAACCUGAUCACUCUGAUAGGCAAACAAAAAGUACCUCGCAAAAAACGUAAAAAAUCGGAAACGAAAGCGAUCCAAAAGGCUGCAUUGAAAAAGGUUGUUGGACCUCCUCUAGCCAUAGCAGCUCCGCCUCCAUCCAGGACUUUAGUGAAGGCCCCGAUCGCUAGAAUUGCUCCACCGCCAAUUCGACCGCCCGUAAUUCAGCCACCGAAAAGCAUCCUUAAAACUACGACUACCAAACUGAUAAACAAUCCAAACAAAUUAGUCAACCUGAACAUCGUCACGCGAUCGAAUUCUCCCAAAGAAAAAGCAGGUCUGCUGGAAAGUUACGUUUCAAAGCCUGUCCCUAAGAUGAUUAUCCAGCUGGGUAACUCCGAUUCGGAUUCCGACCUCGAGAACUACCCUGCUCCCGAUCCUGAACCAUUAGUCGACUGUAAUGAGAUGCUGCGAAACAUCGACAAUGCAAGCCCCUCAAGGGUAACGCUAGAAAGCCCCAAUUAUUCCCCCGUUCCACCGCAAAUGACCACUACACUAAACAAUCAAGAUGCAGAGCUUUCCGGUAAGGUAAACGAUAAAGCGUUUGAAGUAAGAUUAGAUCAAUUUUUGAAAAAUGUACGAAGUAAAAUCGACCAAAAUCAAACGGGCAAGGAUCGAAACGAGCUAGAAACAGUCGUCGGGGACGCUGAAAGCAUGCCUGUAAAAUCUGUCGCUGGUUGUAGUACGCCAAGUUCUGGUACGGGAAGUGGUAAUGUCGCUAGUGGAAAAUACGUCCGAAAACCGAUUGUCGCACCUAGUCCCAACACACCGCUGGCAGUACGCCAUUUGCCCGAAUCUGCCCAACUGGAGUAUCGACGUCUAAUAGCUCGAAUGGCACAGUUGGAAAAACGAAAGCUUCAACGAGUAUCAGCCGUAAUACCAAACCAACUACCUCCGCUAACAAAAACAAUCAUAAACACGGUUUCGGCUCCGAAACCCGACGCAGAAACCAAAGAAGAUGAAAAUACUAGCGAUCUGAUUGUCACAGUAAAUCACGAUCGACGGGACGUUGUUGAGAAAUCUACCGGUAGAAACAAAUUGCUUCCACCAGCACCACCACCACCCCCACAUAUAUCGCACAGUAAGAAAGAGACCAGCGAUACGCUCGUCAAGCGUGUGCUCAUCAACAACACUGUCAUUGCUGAGCGCAGAAGCCAUUCGCCCACCACUGCUGUUGUAAUCAACAAUCAAAAUCCGUCACCGAGAACGGUUGUUGCUAGCCCAAUGCUGUCCCAACAGAAUACCAAAGAUCUUGCUGUGCACUACCAAUCUAUGAGCGAUCACCCGGAGCCCGAGACCGAAGACGAAACCAGCAGCCUAAAAGAGGUUCUCGAUCGGUUGGCUACAUUCAAGGAGGAAGAUCAAUUGCAAGUGCUUACACUGGCCGAGAAUCGCUUCGAAGUUCACAGCAAACGAUUCCGAGGGGAACUUUCCGAUCUUAUAUCGACGGUGGCAAUAGCUCAGGGCGAGCGCCAGAAGCAGUACGAUUUGGAAAACAAGGUUGACUUCCUGAAGGAGAAACUGCAGAUUCUGGAACGGGCGCUGGAUUUUCACCGCCGGCGGAUGUCGGAGAUUUUUCCCGCUCUGCACCAGUCCCACACGGCGGUCAUGGCCAGCCGCAAGCGGUCAAUCGAGCUGAACAAUCUGUGCGAGGCCAUCGGACGCGAGGUGAAGGGCGAAAGUUAUCGAUCCCCGACCAAUGCGCGAGAAGAAAUACGCUAUCAACUGAAGGAACUGACGGUUCAAACAAAAAAGUUAAAAAAUAUGAAGAAAUUAUCAUUGGAAGAGUUUAAGCAAAUAACCUCAGAAAAGCGCCAGCAAUUGAUAGAAAUGCGAAGGCAAGAAAUGUGCAACUCAACAAAACAACAAACUGCACCUGCCGUGAUAUCGCCGAAGACGACGGCGACAACGACGGAAGAGAAUCAUGAGCCCGUCCAAAACGAUUCCACCAUUGAACAGAGAACAAUCGAUUCGUCCAAUGAGCGUCCCACAAACGAUUCCGAGGCGGUUACUCCGUUACAGCCGGAAACAUCAACCGAGCCUCACUGUACUACUGUUUUCGAACUGGCUGACGGCCGGCUAGAUGAAGAUGUCGCUAAAUCUGCGCUGGCCAAGUACAACUCACCCUUGGCAUCGCUGAAAAAUCAGAGUGCACUAAACAUUCCGGACGGAGUAAUUUGUCCCUACAUGAUGCGUGGCGAGUGUGUCGAUCGGGACUGUAAAUUUGUACAUUUUCAAUAGCGUUAUAUCCUCCGCUGGAAACCCUAUUACGUAUUCCUAUUGCUUCCUUUCCUUCACGUUGUUUAAUCCCAAACUCGUACGCUUUCCUUCUUGGUCCAAUUUACUAACGCACACACACACUCUCUUUGUGUGAAUAUUUUCACAUCCCUACCCAAUCCCUAAACCCAUUCUUUCCUCAGGACACCCGACUCUAUUACCUGUACUAUUUUUCCCUAAGUACCCUUUCAAAUGACCUCACUAAAUUUUGACGGACUGAGAAUUUAAAAAAAGGAACCUUUUUAAAACGUAUAAGUGACUCAGGACAAACUAAGGGAAAACCCAUCAAAAAAGAACGUGAAAGAAAAGUGAUGAUGCUUGAAGAAGCGAAGAUUGGUCUAAUCGGUUACCACGACUAGGAAAGUGCUGCGGCGUGAUGCCAAACUAAAAACAUAAAAAAUACUUAUGCAAACGAUGCACAGUGCUGCUUUCAAAGGCAUAAUCGGUUGAAAGUGUGGUAGACCGCAGGGAGUUAUCGUUACCCGGAUACAUACCUACUACAAGACAAGUGAAUUGAUUGCGCUGGAGAUGUGGUUUGACAACCGAAGAAAAAAAGUCAUUGCCAUAGAGAACCGAUUGCGAUUUCGCUUUUGGGUUACUUUUAGUAAAGGAGGUUUAAGUUAGUGAUCGUUAUAGAGUUUUUGAUUCUAUUAUCUUUUUUUUUAUUGUUUCAAUCAAUUCAUUAUUAUGAUUUCAAUUAAAUUGUCUUACAAGUAAGCUAACGUUGACGUGUAUAUUGCAUUGAUUUCGGUUCUGUCUGAUACAACUACCUGUAGCGUGCGUUUGAGUUAGUGCGUUUAAGCCAUAAACUGCUUUCGAUGGAAUAACUCACUGUGAUGAAAUGUUGUAGAAGAGAUGACCUAAGUGAAACAAACAAACACAACUCAACAACAGGAAGUGAAAAACCUAGUGAUGAACACGUUACCUGUUAGGUAUUCAUAUAUCUGAAUGUUAUGAAGAAAUAAAAACAAAACAAGUUUUGUAAGAAAAAAAAUUUCAAUAAAGAAGCCAAAAGUAUA